CACUGCUUAAUUCGAAACAAACACACUGACAAAAGAAAAUGCCUUCGCCAAAAACGAAAGAUAAUAAAGACAACAGCGUGGUGGGAAGCAUUGAUUCCGAGCGGGAAAAUGAGGACCUGGCCCUGCUGAAACUGGUUCUCAGGAAGCUGAAUGUCAAUGAUCAGACGCUGCUCCAUCGCCAUGUUGGCCAAAUUCCGGAUGCCCUUCAUAUGCUGUGGAAGCUGCAACAUCCACGACUGAACUUCGAGUUUAUGCAACGGAAGCUGCGUAGAUCCGAUCUGGAGUUGUUUCUACAGGAAAUGAUCAAGGAUAUGCCCAGCAUUAGAUUCCGCAGUGAGCACUUGCAGGAAGAACUGAACAUCCUGGAAAGGGCUAAUAUUGGACGUCUGCUCCACGUGAAGUGUUGUGCUAUUACCUGGGAUAGUUCGCCGAGCAACAGGAAUACCAAAUUCCCUCAUUGGCCAUUCCUCGCGCUACCACGACUGAUGAGCCACCUGACUGAGCUUGAUAUAUACUGCCCGGUCCAGGACUGCUUUAUUGACCAGUUUGGCAAAUUGGAAGCCCUGAAGAUCGUAGAAGAGAUUUCUGCACCGGCUAUGGAGGCCAUUUACUUGAGUGGCGCACCAUUGAAGUGCUUGGAUCUUCCGGGCGCUCAUACAUAUCCCAUACGGGGCAUCUCACACUGCAAACAUCUGAACAAUCUAUUGGUACACCUUAACACUUUUUUAACCGGUCACAAUGAGAUUAUUCAACUGCCACAACUUGCGGAGCUGAGAAUCACCCAGAUCCGGGAAAGCAAGGACACAGCAAAAGCUCUAUCCUAUGUGGUGCAAGAAAAAGGCAAUGAACUCGUGGACAUUCAAAUUGAUUGCAGCUUUGCAGAUCAUGCGAAUUGCCUAAGUGAGUUGGCGCUAAAUCGCUGUAUGAAUCUGACUCAACUGAAGCUGUCCAAUUGCGUAUUCGAGUAUCAGGACAUGGCACAGUUGUGCCUGCCCGUUUCCAUAACCUGUGCUCAGUUCUCCAACUGCCCAGAUCUCACUGACGAACAGCUCUUGGACUUUAUCAAGGCUAAUACCAAACUGGAAGAGCUUAUCGUGGAUCAGUGCCCAGAACUGACGGAAAAUCUACUCCAUGGUGUUCUUAAAGUUCGCAGCAGUGGCAAUAAACAGGUGCGCUUGUUACUCAGAAUCGGGAAAAGUCCUAAUCUUUGGGAUUUAUAUCAACAGAACUUGACUUAUUGGGCACGAAAGGAAUCUAUUCUCAAAAUGGAAAACGUGGAAAGCCAUGACUUGGAUGAUAUUGUGAUGCACUUCGAAAUAUCUAAGGAUAUUCCUGAAAAUUAAUAACGUACUACAUAAAUGUAUGGUUUUUAAGAGCUCUUUUACAAGUCUAAUAAACAAUUCUACU